AUGCAUUUGGCGGUGGUUCCCUUACUUGUUGUGUUGGUGGCUAUGUUGGUCGUUCAGCCGUGCAUGGCGGUUCCAAUACCACACCCAAGGUGGCACAUUCAUGUGGUAAAUGGCUUGAGCAAUGAAACUCUAUUGGUGCAUUGUAAGUCUGGAGACGAUGAUUUGGGAAUCCAACAUUUGGUUAGAGGAGCGGAAUUUCAUUGGACUUUUAGGGUUAGCUUGUUUGGAAGGACGUUGUUUUGGUGCUACCUCGAGAAGCCAAAUUUCAGUGUCUCGUUUGAAUCUUUUUGGGUUGAAAAACAUGUUUGGCUCAAUUCUAGGUGCUACGACAAAAAUUGCAUUUGGAUUGCUAAAGAUGAUGGAAUUUACCUACGAAAUAAUCCUGUAAAUAUUGAUGAACGUGUGCAUAACUGGAACAAACUUGCUUGA